CAUGCACGAGCUUCCAGUGACCGACACAGUUUCUCCGAUGAACAAUGAGAGUUCGGUGGCGGCGUGUGAGCUGCCAUACGACGAUGGCCGUCUGCCACUGGUGCUGCUGUACAGCGUGGUGUUGGUGGUCGGACUGCCUGCGAACCUGCUGACCCUCUAUCUCACCUGGCUGCAGGUGUGCAGGAAGAACGUGUUGGGUGUUUACCUGUGGAGCCUGUCGCUGUGUGACCUUACCUACCUGCUCACGCUGCCUCUGUGGGCGCACUAUGUGAGCCGAGGUCACGUGUGGCCGUGGAGUUCAGCCGUGUGUAAGCUAACGGGCUACAUCUUCUUCAACAACAUGUACAUCAGCAUCUUCCUGCUCUGCUGCAUCUCCUGUGACCGCUACGUGGCCGUGGUCUACAGUGUGGAGUCCCGAGGUCUGCGGAGGCAGCGCCUCGCCGUGCUUAUUGGCCUCGCCAUCGUCCUACUGGUCGCAGUCGGACACCUUCCUGUCUUCACCAUGAGUGAGGGCGACGCUGCUGAGGGAGACCAGCGCUGCUUUGAGCCCAGUCAGAGCAGUCCGACGGUGAUGUGCUUCAACUAUGCACGCUUCAUUGUCGGCUUCCUGAUCCCACUGUUGCUGCUGAUGGCGACAAACCGCGGGAUCCUGGUCAACGUGCAGCGCAGCACGGGGCUGAGGCAUGAGCAGAAAAGGCAUGUCCGCUGGUUGGCCUUGGCGGUGGUCAUCCUGUUCCUGGUCUGCUUCGCCCCAUACCACCUGAUUCUGCUGGUCAGGGCUGUCAUGUUCCACUUCACUCAGCUGGAAGACGCCACCUGUCUGUUCGAGGAGACCAUGUACACCCCUUACACCAUCUCCCUCGGCCUUUCCACCGUCAACAGCGCCAUCAACCCCAUCCUCUACGUCUUGUCCAGCGACAACAUCCGCAAAGAGCUGAGACGAGGCCUCGUGCAGUUCUGUGACCAAGCUCGUCUGGGACCAGGAUCUGACAGCAGCCAGAUCCAGAUCCAGUCCAACAAGAACUCGUCAGAGCUGAAUGCAGCAAUCAAGGAGCAACAAGGAGGACGACCCCCGGGUUCCUAACAGAACCCUCUUCGUCCCUGCUGGACUCUGCUGGUUGUGAA